AUGGGGGGCUGCACUGGGAGCACCCUAGUGCCGUGGGAGCUGUGUCAUGGGAGGCUGCGCCGUGGGACUGUCCCGGCAGCUGUGGGGCGAGAGCCCGGCUGUGCUGCAGGCACGGAGCCAGGAACUACAGGAGUAACUCCUGUGACCUCUUGAUUUCACCUCUCUAGAGGGUUCCCAGCCCACAUUCUUCCUGCAGGCAAUUCCGGGGUGCCCUGCCCGUGUCCCCAGUCGGCACGCACCCGGAUAAACCCGGCUGUCCCCGUCCCACGUGGGGCCGUGGCCCGUGGCGGCCGGUGGGUGCGGUGCCUGACUCAGGGUGGGCGGCACACGUGCGGCGCAGCGGGAUAUCCAUGGAUCCGAGAUGCAUCCGGGAUUCUUCCCUGGAGACCCCACCCCGCGUGGGGCUGCGAUUCUCCUCUGGGGGGCUUCCCCCGCCCCCUCCCCCGCGCUGGGGGGAGGCUGAGCCUGCUGUGGCUCAGUACAUAAACGGCCCACCGGGAUGCACCGGCAUGCUUCCCUAUGGUUCCCACCCCUCCGAGGGGUUUCCCCCUCCUCAGCCGGGAGAGGCUGAGCCUGGCACAGCUCAGUGCAUGUGUGACUCCGCGGGAUGCCCAUGGAUCCUGAUUGCCGAUGGAUUCGGGGUGGGGUGAUCAGCUACGUGGGCUCCAGUGGCGCCUCUCCCACCCGCACCAGCCCCGUGUCCCUCUGCAGCGACAGCUCCAACAGCAGCUCCCAGUCGGGUUUGCAGCCCUUCCCCACCUACUUCCCACCGUCGCCCACCGGCUCCCUCCAGGAUUCCCGCGCCUAUAGCGGAGCCACGCUGGCCCCCCACGAAGACGGCUCCCCUUCCUCCUCAUCCUCUUCCUCCUCCACCUCCUCUUCCUCGUACAGCUCCUCGGUGAAUUUCCCCGGGGUGCAGCCGGUCCCCGCAGACGAACGGCGCCGCAGCUCGCCAAGCAAAGCCGGCAGCACCGUCACGAAGCUCAACGGGAUGGUGCUGCUCUGCAAGGUCUGCGGGGAUGUCGCCUCCGGCUUCCACUACGGCGUCCACGCAUGCGAGGGCUGCAAGGGCUUCUUCCGCCGCAGCAUCCAGCAGAACAUCCAGUAUAAGAAGUGCCUCAAGAACGAGAACUGCUCUAUCGUCCGCAUCAAUCGCAACCGCUGCCAGCAGUGCCGCUUCAAGAAGUGCCUGCUGGUCGGCAUGUCCCGUGAUGCUGUGCGCUUCGGACGCAUCCCCAAGAGGGAGAAGCAGCGGAUGCUGGCGGAGAUGCAGAGCGCCAUGGGCAGCAUGGCCAGUGCCCCACCGGGCGGCCCCCCCGAGCCCCGGCUGUGCCCCGCCGCCUACCCCGAGCCCCCGGCCCCGCGGGGGUGCCCCUGGCCCCGCAGCCCCAAGGACGUCCUGCCGGCGUGCCCCAUGAACAGCCACGUGCCUGGCCGCAGCGGGCGCUCCGUGCAGGAGAUCUGGGAGGAUUUCUCCCUCAGCUUCACCCCCGCCGUCCGUGAGGUUGUGGAGUUCGCCAAGCACAUUCCCGGCUUCCAGGCGCUCUCCCAGCACGACCAGGUCACCCUGCUCAAGGCUGGCACCUUUGAGGUGCUGAUGGUUCGCUUUGCGUCGCUGUUCGACGUGAAGGAGCAGACGGUGACGUUCAUGAGCCGCACGCGGUACGGGCUGGAGGAGCUCUGGGCCAUGGGCAUGGGAGACCUGCUGGGGGCCAUGUUCGACUUCAGUGAGAAGCUCAGCGCCCUCGAGCUCAGUGACGAGGAGCUGGGGCUCUUCACCGCCGUUGUCCUCGUCUCAGCAGACCGCUCGGGUAUGGAGGACACGGCAUCAGUGGAGCAGCUGCAGGAGACGCUGCUGCGGGCCCUGCGGGCCCUCGUGCUGAAGACGCGCCCGGCUGAGACCUCGCGCUUCACCAAACUGCUGCUGAAGCUGCCGGACCUGCGCACCCUCAACAACCUCCACUCCGAGAAGCUGCUUUCCUUCCGCAUCGAUGCCCAGUAGUGCCCCCCGGGCCCCCCCGCGCACCCCUGUACAUACACCACAGCAGGGGGGACACACAGACUUCCCCCUUCCCUCACCCCGGGGCAGCACCGACCCCGUGGCGCCCGUCGGACUCGCAGGGAUUCACCCCAAGGUGGGCGCCAGGAUGCUGGGACCCCCCACCCCAAAUCGGGCACCGCCCCCACGGCUCCGCUGGCAGCG